AUGGCGGCGCAGGGCGGCAGGGCCAGGCAGCUGGCCGAGAUCCUGGCGGGCCUGGAGCAGCAGCUCCUGCCGCUGCUGAGCCCCGACGGCGCGGAUGCCGGCGCCGCCCGAGGGUCCCGCGGCAUCUGCGAGUCCGGCAGCGUGUCCGGCAGCGCGCCCGCACUCUUCGACGAGGUCUCCCAGACCCGGUUCCUCUCCGACGAUGUCAGCGACGCCUCGUACGCUGAGGGCGAGGAGGGGGACCUCCAUCUCGUGAAGGACGCGCCAGGUGAGGACGGGCGCGCCGCCUUGAGCCCAGCGCCGCGACAGCCCAGGCCGCUGACCAGCGACGUAUUGAACUGCACCAGCGCCGACGGAGGGCGCCUCUCUCAGGGAAGCCGCCUCACCGGCUCCUUCCCAUCGCAGGAGGAGGCCCUGGUACCAGAUACUCCGAGUCCUCCGCGGUCCCAGCACCCCGAACCGAUACUCCGAGGAGAGCCAUCCCAGGAGGAUAGCGCCCUCAUCAGGACGUCGUCCAAGCGCUCCGCAGGGACCAAGUGGACGGCCAGCAUCGAGAGCCGCAUGUCCCGGAACGAGCGGCUGGAGCUGUUGGAGCUCUGGCAGGACAGCGACGAGAACGACGCUCUCAUAGCCCUGGCACUGCAAGCGACCAGGUCGGAGAUGUCUCUGGACUGGUCGAUGAAUAUUACCCCGAAGUUGUCGAAGACGUUGUCGAAGAGCAUGAAGACGCUGAUGGUCAGCAGGAGCUCGAGCAGGGGCUUCGAUAAGUUCUUCCACAAAUUCACUACGAGCCCAGUCUCGAGCCGGCGCAUUAUGUGGGAGUGCCUGGGCAUGCUCUUCGUGAUGUAUGAUGUGCUAUUCACACCGUUCGAGCAGGCGUUCUUCGACAACUCGGCGAGCUACGCCGUGUUGGUGCUCGAGGGCGCGACGCUUGCCUAUUGGUGUGCGGACUUGCCGUCCAACUUCGUGGUCGGAUACUAUGACGUGAGGGGCAGCUCCCGUUCGAAGGUUCCCAUCCUGCAGACCAGCAUGCGGUCGAUUGCGAUGCACUACGUCCAGGGGUGGUUCAUCCCGGACAUUUUCCUCCUGGUGAUAUCCGCGAUCUCUUUCUUGCACGCGGCGCAGGCGCGGUGUCCCGGGCAGCUCAGCAUGAAGUUCAGCUACAUCGCGUGGGCUCAGUCAGGCCGAGCGAUUCGGGUCCUCAAGUUCUUCAAGCUGCUCCGUGCCCUGAAGGCGCACAGCGUGAUCGCGCGCAUGAGGGAGAAGGUGGUCUCGUUCGCAACCAAGACAUACCUGAAGGUUCUCAUGCACCUGUUGUGGAUUGUUACGGCGAACCACUACUUGGCGUGUUGGUGGUACCAGAUUGGCUGUAGUCCAGAUGAUUCGGUGGUGGGUGUGCCUUCUUGGGUGGAGGCAAACUUUCAAGCAGCCGAUUCCAUCUCGUACCGCUAUCCUGCUUCCAUUGGAGCCUCACACAAUUCACUCCUGCAUCUAUGGAGGUGGUGCCAAAGAAUGCCACCGAGCGGGGCUACACCUGCGCGGUUGUUCUGGCCGCCCUGA